ACUUUGUGUUGUUCUAUUUAUACAUUUCUUUUUUAGAGAGGCAAGCGGGGAAUAUGGACCGGAAUACGGUCUAAGUGUACUUUCAGUUCAUCGCUCUUCCGCUUUCGUUUUCUUGCUGGAGACUACCAUAUAGUAUAGAAUAAUUGUGGAUUUAUUCACAAAAUGCAUUGUCGUCAAGAUGUUGUCAUCAAAAGUUCUGUUGGGGAUCUGCACAGCUUCUAUUGUUACGCUAUGUUUCUGCCCAGAGAGUGGAUUAGAAAUCAGAGUUCCCAAAAAUGUCUUGAAAUUCGUCGUCGGAAGUGCCUUGCUUUACGUGGCCUACAGAGCAUUCUUCUCUACAUCUACAACUACAACAAAAUCCAAGUUCAUCUAUUUUUCAUCAAGAGAGAAAAUGAGAGCACAGGUUGCCAAGGAAUACAAAACGGACAAAAUGGAGAUGACCUCGGAACACCCCUGCCCUAAAGUGGUGCAUCCCAAUGACGUGCUUGUGCGCGUACGCGCAGCGUCCAUCAACCCCAUAGACCAACGUAUAAUUGCCGGACACGCGCGACCCAUCUUCGACAAAAUGCGUCAACAGAAGCAGUUGCCGUAUGGAGGUGCCGAACUCCCUCUCGUACUUGGUCGGGAUUGUUCGGGUGUUGUCGAAGACAUAGGACGCAACGUAGAAAAGUUUCGGAUUGGUGACGAGGUCUUUGUGGGAAUCGGUGCCGAAGAUUCACCAGGAACGUUUGCUCUGAAGGUGUUGGUCAAAGACUACAUGGUUGCUAAGAAACCAGUGGCGAUCGAUCACACGGAGGCUGCAUCCAUACCAUACGUCUGCACCACAACUUGGGGUGCGCUGGUUGGUCGAUGCGGUUUGGGACCAAUCAACACGAAUGGGAAAAGAGUACUUAUUAUUGCUGGUACGGGAGGCAUAGGGACAUUCGCCAUUCAGCUCAUCAAAGCUUGGGGAGGUCACGUGACCACAACUUGCUGCAAGGAUGGUAUUGAUCUGGUGGAGCGUUUAGGAGCUGACGACGUCAUCGACUAUACGAAAGGAAACUUUGAGGACGCUCUAACCGAGCGGCCUAAGUUCGACGUUAUCUUUGUGACACUAGGCGCUGAAUUUAUUAAGCCGUGUCAAUCUGCCUUGAAAAGGGGCGGAAAGUUGGUAACCAUUGUCGUUCCUUUUAUUGGUAACUUCAACAAAUAUGGCAUGAUGCUUGGCAUGGUGGUCAACGCAGCUCUUAAACUUCGUUGGAUGGUUGAGGAUUUUCUGUACGACCGGAAGACAAUGAUCUCCUUCAACCAACCGAAUGGGGGCGCCCUAGAAGAAGUCAGGAAGCUGAUUGAUGACGGAAUGAUCCAUCCGGUGAUUCACAAGACGUUUGCGUUCGAGGCAGCCAACGAGGCAAUGGAGUUUGUGAAGCGGGGUCAUGCCCGAGGAAAGACCGUCAUCGUUAUGCCAAAUCAUGACAAAAACGAGGGGUAGUAACUGGACGCCUAGACAUGCUCUACAUCCGGGGACCUGUGUAUGUACCUUGUACAUCGAACAAGUGAUUCUCAUUGAACAAGCCGUUUAUUGGAAUUACUGCGUGUAAAGCGAUUAAACCAGUCGGAUAAAUGUCAAAAGGAAAAGGUUUCAGAAAAAUAUAUGUACAUACUGAUAUAUUCAUUUGUUUUUAAUAACAUCGUUUUCCGUUGCCAGGGACGUAGCUGUAAGGAUGGAGGGCGCAUAUAUUUAUAUCGUAGGAUGGUAAGUGAAGAUUUAAAUACGAGCUACGCGUGUGUUCACUCUAAGCAAAAGGCAAUCACAUUGUUCGUAUCGAACUAUCUUGGAUUGGUUAACUCGGAAACCCAAUCUUAAUAUUAAUGCUAUUAAACAUCUUUCCUAAAUACUAAACCCCAGAUUUUACCCGAACCCUAACUCAAAUCCUUAAUCACGUUUACUGAUAAAAAAUAAUCAUUAUUAAGAGCAUUCGUAAUAAUGUAAUGAGGUGGAGCUAUAUUCGUUGCAUAGGCCUAUUAAUUCCGUCGACCUUCACUUACCAUCCUACGAUAGGAAAUUUCGCGCAAUUCCCCGCAA